AUGCCUCCCACAGAUCUGCCUAGCCCUUCGACGAUGCUUCUUUCACAUCUUCAGUUCGAUCUCAAUACCCUAUUAGCUAGAGAUGCAAUCGACGAUGGAUUCCCUAAUCCUAGGGGGAAAAAGCUUGCGAAUUUGGCGAUUGCCUUUGCUUGUCUAAGUCUCUUUUUUGUCAGCGCGAGGUUAGGGACGAGAGUGUUUAUGCAGAAGUUGGAGAUAGAUGAUUGGUUCAUUGUGCCGGCAUUGCUAAUGGCACUUGCAAUGGCAGUGACGUUCAAUAUGGAAGCCAAACAUGGUUUCGGUCUGCACACCUCGCAAGUAUCAAAAGAGCAUAAGAUCGAGGCCCUUAAAUGGUUCUUUGCUGCUCAACUUUUGUACAAAAUCGCUUCAUGCUUCACGAAAAUAAGUAUCUGUCUUUUUUACCUACGGAUAUUUCCCUCGAAGAAUUUCAGAAUCGCAACUUUUGUCACUAUUGGAAUAGUCAUUGUAUACAGCAUUGCAGCAGUCAGUGCCACCAUUUGGUCAUGCAAUCCCAUCGAAAAAUCGUGGAAUAAAACUCUUCCUGGUUCGUGUAUACAAAUUGGAAACGUUUGGUAUAGCACAUCUGUAAUGGCGAUAGUAACUGAUUUGAUAAUUAUUGUCUUACCAAUUUAUCAAAUUCGACGACUUCAACUUCCGUUAAGUCAAAAGUUUGGAUUGGUGUUAAUGUUUAGUCUUGGGUUUUUUGUCAUUGCAUGCACCGUCGUUCGAAUGGCCACAGUCGGACCAGCCAUUACUGCGACGGACACAAUGUAUUAUCAAGCGACGUCAAACUCAUGGACCUUUCUCGAAGUCAAUGUUUCCAUAAUUUGCGCUUCUUUACCAAUCUUAAAAGCUCCCAUAAUAAAAUUUUGUCCCUGGUUGAUGCGCAACAAAACGACAACGUCAGCAUAUGGUGUGAACUUCUCGAAAGAUAAUUAUGGAACCAAGAACGCACUCCCAAGUCAUGAUGGUAGUGUAAGGGACAGUAGGAUCAAGAGUGUCACUGGGAAGACGACAACGAAUACGCCUAGGGAUAGUGACGAAGAGUUCAUCUUGGAGGAGAUGGGAAAGGGGGUGAGAAAAACGACAGAGUUUAAUGUUAGCUAUGAGGCGACGAGUAUUAAAAAUGUUGGUGGUAGGACGAGUAUAUUGAAAACUUAA